AUGACUGAAUUUCAAGUAAACAGUACAAGCAGCUCGUCAAAGGCUGAGUCUUCAACUCAAACUCUGGCCCCACAGCCCCAACCUCCAUCUGAGUCUCAGCCCGAUAUACAGCCUGAUGUCCAACCUGAUAUCCAACCUGAAGUUCUACCUGAACCUCAAAUUCAGGAACCAGCACAAGAUCCAGCUAACAACCAAGCAAACGAUGCCAUUGAGCCCGACCCUAUACUUACGGAAACCAAAGGACAACGACGCCCUCGAAAGAGACUCCGCGUUUGGCGGUACUUCGUAGGCCAAUACCAAGUCUCCAUUUUUAAGACUCCCCUAACAAGUUCGAAGAAUUGCGAGCUCGAAGACUUCUCUCACGGACGGUAUAACCAAGUAUCGAAUGGACGAAGAUACCAUGCCUACAGAGAUGGGAAAUACCUUUUUUUGAGCCACGUCUUUACUCUUGUCUACGAAGGCAGACUUUACUUCUCCCCUCUCGAAAACCCACACCGAGUAUUAGACGCUGGUACAGGGACGGGAAUCUGGGCCAUAGAUUUUGCUGAUCGACACCCUGAAUCCUUUGUCGUAGGUUCAGAUCUAUCUCCAAUCCAGCCAGGAUGGAUCCCACCCAACCUCGAAUUCGAGGUCGACGACAUUGAGGAUACCUGGCGCCACAAACCUUUUGAUUUCAUCCAUAUGCGCAUGAUGGCCGGUUCUAUCAAAGACUGGCCCGCCCUCAUUGCCCAAGCCUACGCCAACCUUCAGCCCGGCGGCUGGCUUGAGUUUUGCGAGUUCGAAGUCUGGGUGCACUGCCAGAACGACACGGAGGUGCCGCAACUGAUCCACAAGUGGCAAACGGGCCUCACUGAAGCAGGGGAGCGUAUUGGUAGGACGUUUGAUGUGGCGCCGAAUUUGAAGAGGUGGAUGGAGGAGGCUGGGUUUGUGGAAAUUACGGAAAACAUUAUCAAGGUCCCGGAUACUCCCUGGCCAAAAGACCCCCGCUGGAAGGAGGUCGGCCUCUACCAGCAACAGAAUAUGUUGGACGCCUCGUCCGCGUAUGGACAGGCUCAUUUUACGCGCGUGUUGGGCUGGUCAGUGGAGGAGUUCCAGGUCUUGAGUGCAGGGGUUAGGAGGGAGUUGAAGAAUCUGAAGUAUCAUAUGAUUUCGAACUUGCAUGUUGUCUAUGGACAGAAGCCAAAGGAUGACGGCGCUGGGGGGGUCGGGCAUUGA